GCUCCGGGACGGGUCUGAAUAUCUGUUUAACGCCUCGUCGCGCUUCAUGAUGAAGAAAUGGAUCAUGAAGAUACAAGCGAGCACAGGCCAGAGUGACUCUAUGUCGAGUGUUCAUGUGGACAAAGACCGGCCCACAUCUUUAAAGCCCUCGGUGUGCCUCAGAUGUCAGGAUCAAAGCAGCUGUCACUGCUUUUCUAAACACGAUGUCAUCGACACGUUCCCCAGACAGAAACCUCAGAGUUUGAAUCAAACCAAAGAAACAUUUUUCUGCACCAGAGAGACACAGAGCGGGUCAACACGUCUGACUGAGCAGCCGAACAUCUGGUCCUCUGCUGCAGGCGGCUGCUACGAUGAUGAUGAUGAUGACGAUGAUGAUGAUGAUGAUGAUGAUGAUGGGAGCAGUUUCACACACAGACUUUCUGGACCCAUCAGGUCUUCCUUCCCCCCCUCCCCUGAGUCCGGUGAGCCGGACCGGCUGAGCAGCAAGCAGCGCUGCCACUCCUUCACAUCAGCCACUUACCAGAAGAUCAAACCCGCUCUGCGUUCCYCUGGAGGACGAGGAGUGGACAGAGGGUCCAACUACUGCGUGACUCUGGUGGUCGGAGACAGUUUGGGUUCGGGGGCUCCACCUGGGCCCUCACCUGGGCCCUCACCUGGAUGGGACCAGUACUCGGCUCUGAGGAGCUGUGCCAGUCUGCCUCGGCCUCGCAACAAGUCCGUCUUCAAAAAGUUCUUUGGCAAAAAGGACCUCUGAGUGGAGAAAUGUUGACUUUAGCUGAUAAAAAAUGUAGUUGAUGUGCAGCGCACACGAUGAGCAAAGUUUAAAAACUACUGACGAUAUUUAUGAUGAAGAAAACUAGGAGUUUUGKUUUUAGAUGUUUUGUAUAAAUCCCUUCAGGGGCUGAAAAGUCUCUUCUGUUAAUCUUUGUUGUUUUUAUUGUGUCACGGUGUGAACUGUGUAGUUACAGAUUGGAGUGUUCCUUUUAUUCUGCCACGUCUCGUUUGUUGGUUAAUUCACGUCUUAUUUAGUUCACAUCUUYUUGACUCCAGUACCGAUGAUAUCCUGACUUUUAUUCAGAAAUCAGCAGUUUGAUACUGUUUAGAGUAUGACUCAAAUCUGUUUAACACCAGCUGCAGACUACAAAUAUAAUAAAACCAUUUUUAAGAAUUAC